UCUCACCGUAAGAACGCACAGAUGGAUUUGUUUGAUAGUGACGAUGAUACAAGUAGUGUAAGCUCUUCCUCCACCAUGCAAUCUGAGAGACCCGGCACGGAUGAAGUUCAGGUUCACAAAGAUGCUAGGUUAGAUGAAUCCCUUGAUGCCCUGUUUGCCACUUUACUGCAUCAGUGUUUACACUGCACCAAGAAAGGGUCCACUAAGGAGACCUCAUUAGCAUCACAUGUUAUUGGGUUGCUAUCAUUGACUGUUGGACUCGGGGAUCAAGCGCAAGAGGUUCUGGAAGAAUCCGUCACUCCUCUUUCUCAGGCCCUUAAAUCUGGUCGCGAAGCUUUGAAAAUAACUUCGAUUCUUGAGUGUUUAGCAGUCAUAACCUUUGUUGGUGGGACCAAUGCAGAGCAAACCGAGAGAUCUAUGCAAAUAAUCUGGCAAAUGAUUCACCCCAAACUCGGUUCUAAUGUUGUUGCAACCAAACCUUCACCUGCUGUAAUAACUACUGUUGUCUCUUCCUGGGCGUUUCUGCUCACAACAGUUAAUCGAUGGACCCUAGGUCCCAAAAUUUGGCUAGAGAUCGUAACUUAUCUCUCCUCACUGUUGGAAAAAGAUGAUCGAUCUGUACGUAUAGCUGCUGGUGAAGCGCUUGCUAUUAUAUUUGAGUUGGGAACUCUAGAGAAGUUCGCUGCCGAAGCCAAAGGGUCUGCUGCUAAUGGAUCAAUGAAAGAAGGAACUGUGUCUCCGGAGGCGUUGAUAAACAUGCAUGGCUUGAAAUCUAAAGUCACUAAUCAAGUUAGAGACCUCUCUGCAGAGGCAGGUGGUAAAGGCUCUGCUAAGAAAGAUCUCAACACCCAGCGAAAUUUGUUCAGAGAUCUUGUUGAAUUUUUUGAGGGUGGAUACGCACCUGAAACCUCUACAAAGGUUGGAGGGGACCUUUUACAUACAACAACGUGGUAUCAGAUGAUACAGUUGAAUUUUUUGAAGCAUUUCCUUGGGGGUGGCUUCAUCAAGCAUAUGCAGGAGAAUGAAUUCCUUCAUGAUGUAUUCAGUUUCACUCCAAAGAAGAGUGGACGAGGGUCUGCUAUGUCCACUGACGAAAAGAGGUUGUUUAAAUCACCAAACUCAGCUCUCAACAAAGCAAGGACACAAUUCCUGAACCGGCAGAGGAUGUUAGCUAAGAACAUGAACGUUGGACAUUACGCAGCCACGGUGGAGAACGAAGGAUGA